ACACACACACACACACACACACACACACACACACACAGAAGAACUGAAGAAGAUGGGUAUACCAAGAAACACAGGAGGAGGUGUAGAUGUGCUAAGUGAAAGAGCAAAAGUGAUGAGAGAUGCAGUGGAGAAGAGUCAAUCCAUUACAGACAAUGUGGUCAAUAUCUUGGGUUCUUUUGAUCACCGCCUUUCUGCUCUUGACACUGCUAUGCGUCCCACUCAGAUAAGGACUCAUGCUAUUAGGAAAGCUCAUGGAAAUAUUGAUAAGACUUUAAAGGCUGCUGAGGUUAUACUGUCCCAAUUUGAUAUUUCUCGUCAGGCGGAAGUUAAAAUACUUAAAGGGCCACAUGAGGAUCUAGAAAGUUAUCUUCAAGCAAUUGAACAGCUGAGAAACAAUAUUCGCUUCUUCAGCAACAACAAGAGCUUCAAGAGUAGCGAUGGAGUGCUCAGUCAUGCUAAUAGUUUGCUAGCCAAGGCUAUUUCAAAGCUCGAAGAGGAGUUUAAGCAGCUCUUGUUAUCUUAUAGUAAACCUGUUGAACCUGAUCGGCUCUUUGAGUGUCUCCCAAAUUCAAUGCGACCAUCAUCUGGAUCACCUGGACACCAGGAGUCUAGUGGUAAGAACCGUCUGUCCAAUAGCAAUGCUGAGCAAAAUGGUGCAGAAAAUGCUGUCUUCACACCGCCAGCUCUUAUACCUCCAAGGAUCCUGCCUUUACUGCACGAUUUAGCCCAACAGAUGAUUCAAGCUGGUCAUCAACAGCAAUUUGUAAAAAUAUACAGGGAUACGCGUUCUCCUGUACUGGAAGAAAGUCUUCGCCUUUUGGGAGUGGAAAAACUUAGCAAAGAUGAUGUUCAGAAGAUGCAAUGGGAAGUUCUGGAAGCUAAAAUUGGAAAUUGGAUUCAUUUUAUGCGAAUUGCUGUCAAAUUGUUAUUUUCUGGGGAGCAUAAAGUGUGUGAUCAAAUAUUUGAGGGAUUUGAUUCACUCAAGGAUCAAUGUUUUGCUGAAGUUACUACCUCGAGUGUCGCAAUGCUCCUUAGUUUUGGUGAUGCAAUUGCAAAAAGCAAAAGAUCACCUGAGAAGUUAUUUGUGCUUCUAGAUAAGUAUGAAAUAAUGCGGGAACUUCAUUCAGAGAUUGAAUCACUUUUCAUAGGUAAAGCUUGCAAUGAAAUUAGGGAAUCUGCCUUUGGUUUGACAAAGCGACUUGCCCAGACAGCCCAAGAAACCUUUAGUGACUUUGAAGAAGCAGUUGAGAAGGAUGCAACUAAAACUGCCGUCUCAGAUGGAACUGUCCAUCCCUUGACCAGCUAUGUGAUUAAUUAUGUGAAGUUCCUGUUUGACUAUCAAUCAACACUGAAGCAACUAUUCCAAGAAUUUGAAAAUGGAGGAGAUUCAAAUUCUCAGCUAGCUGCUGUUACUAUGCGUAUAAUGCAGGCUCUUCAAAGCAAUUUGGACGGGAAAUCUAAGCAGUAUAAGGAUCCUGCUCUGACUCACUUGUUCCUUAUGAACAAUAUUCACUAUAUGGUCAGAUCUGUGCGCAGGUCUGAAGCCAAAGAUUUAUUAGGGGAUGACUGGGUGCAACGACACCGGAGAGUUGUACAACAACAUGCAAAUCAAUAUAAAAGAAUUGCUUGGGCAAAG